CUUCCGCCGGCCACCGGAAGAAGAGGAAGAAGAAGAAGAGGGGCAAGAUGGCGUUGCUAUGGAGGACGAGGCCAGUUGCGCUGCUGUCCUGCCCGCUCAGGACCUUCUGCUCCGCGACUUCAGGCAGCCAGCAGGCCGACGACGACAAGCCAAAGUCGGGUUUCGCCGCCGCCUUCAGCUCGCCGUCGAAGGCUCCAGAGGUCAGCUUCGCCGCGCUGCUGCGUGCCAGCCCGCUGGUGCAGAUGGGAGAUGCCCGGUACAAGAUGGCGGUGGGUACGGUCUACCACGUGGUCGGCGACCACCUCUACGUGGAUUUUGGCGCCAAGUUUCACUGCGUGUGUCGGCGGCCCGCACGCGCACACAGUCUGACGCGCGGCAGCACUGUCCACCUGAGGCUGCACGACCUGGAAGUGACGUCACGCUUCCUGGGCGGGACCACCGACACUUCCUUGUUGGAGGCGGAGGCCGACAUAAUCAUCCCUCAGGACGCUCCUAUUGGCCGUGACGUCACCCAGUAGACUGCCGUCUGCACCGUGACGUCACCCUGUACACUGGCGUUUGGACAGUCUGAAACCUCAUUAAAGUACACUUUUUGUGUUAUUUAGUGUGUCAAACCUCAUUAAAGUACACUUGUUGUGUUAUUUAGUGUGUCAAACCUCAUUAAAGUACACUUUUUGUUAUUUAGUGUGUCAAACCUCAUUAAAGUACACUUUGUGUAUUUAGUGUGUCAAAUCUCAAAGUACACUUUUUGUGUUAUUUAGUGUGUGAAACCUCAUUAAAGUACACUUUGUGUAUUUAGUAUGUCAAAUCUCAUUAAAGGACACUUUUUGUGUUAUUUAGUGUGUGACACCUCAUUAAAGUACACUUUUUGUGUUAUUUAGUGUGUGAAACCUCAUUAAAGUAC